ACCCACGAACUCGCCGAUCCGUCAGUUCGUGAUAUGUCGUCGCCAGGAACGGACAGGCUCCUGAAUUUCGUGUGCUUCCAUUUCGUGCGCGUGUGCGGGUGGGAUUUAUCGAGCAUGUUGCUCUGAAACACACCGUUACAAAGGCGUGUGUAUGUGUGUGUGACAUUAGCACCAGCCGGCCAAUCCUCAUCGCGUGUGACCAUCGAUUUGAUCAGCUUCGAUAGCUUAAAGAGUCCCAUCGAGACGAUAAGGUCGAAGAUAACCGAGCAUCGACUGGCGCACUGCGAUCUUGGGAAAUCAGCGCCUGCAGUAUAUCCUCUCGUCGCCGUAUUCUUCCGAUUUCCGGGUACAUCGAAUCGUAUUUCCCGGCGCCGAUUCUCCAGCAACGGACGGAUGUCCUGCGAUCGUUAUCCGUCCGCUAUCGAGCGUCCGAGGAGGAGCCCUCCGCGCGCGCAACGUUUCUGAAAAACGCAGCCGCGUCGGUGUUCUUCGGCUUUGGACGCGAUCACACGUCGACGGAUCCUCACGUUGCAGGUGCUCAGUUCGUUGGUGAACCGCGGCCUUGGUGCACCGGACAUGAGCCGAGUGAAUCCUCCUGCAUGUCGGCAGGUCGUGCACCGGUGGGCUGUCAAGAAUCUGUCAUGCUAGUCGAGCAGCGCAGCGCUUCAUCGGCGAGAACCCAGCCAGAAAACACCACCAGUACCGACCGCGAAUCAAUAAAGUGGAGCGCGGCUUCCCGGUGGCGAAAUACCAAAGCCUGACCGACAAGCUGCUGCCUGAUCCCAAGGGUUGAAAGGGGAUAAGAAUAGCCCUGCAACCAUGGUCACUUGUUGGGUGCUGACCGGCGUCUUCGCGGCCAUCGUGAUGAUCUACGGCCUAAUCGAGAUACACUACUUCUUGAGGAUGUUCUUCACCGUGUUCUUCGCCAGGUUCUGCAAAAAAAGGGUGCACAUACUCGACGAGACCACUAUUUAUGGUAUUUGCGCCACCACCGACGUGGACACGCUCCUCUAUCACAUGAACAACGCGAGAUACCUUCGCGAGCUGGACUUCGCAAGAGCGGACUUCUAUGAAAGGACGAGUCUGUAUCGCGAGAUCUGCUCGCAAGGGUCGGGAGUUGUACAGGGAGCUGCGACAAUACGGUAUCGUCGAUUCGUGAAGCCGCUCUCCGUCUUUAAAAUAACGACCAAGAUCAUAUAUUGGGACGAGAGAUCGGUGUUCAUGGAACACCGGUUCAUCACUCCAAACGAUGGGUUCGUGCGCGCUAUUGCAAUUUGCAGGCAAAGACUGUUGGACUGUAGCGCAGAGGCUGUGAUCGGAUCCCUGAUGGAACGAGGAGUAAAACAGACUGCAGAUGUCGAGGCAGGUGUCACUCAGAUGCCACAUGUGAGACCGGAAAUGCCGCCGGAAGUCGCCAAGUGGCUGGAAAGUAACGAGAUCUCCUCGGCGCUGCUCCGCCAAGCAGCGGCUGUGACCACCAAUUGCUGACAAAAGGAGGAUGCGCCUUCCAGCACGAAUGGCGUCGUUCCCGCUUCCGUCUACGCAACCACGACAGUAUAAAAAUCGUCGAAACGUGUUCCAAGGAUUCUUUCGGGGCGUCGGUCCUUCGAACCAUUCCUCGCUAGACAGUUCCGAACGAUCGUGUCCCGAUUGGCGACAGGACACGAGCGAUCGUUACGCUUCUCAAGCUUUCGCGGAUCGUGAUCUUUCUCGUCCGCUUCGGUAUCGUUUAUCCGUGUCGCUGGAACAUGUGACGCGACACGCGUGUAUACAAGGUGUGUCAGAAAGUACCUUCCAAUCCAUGGGAAACAAAAAUGCGUAGAUACGUUCUUACGAGGUGCGACACUCGACUGAGAAACAUUAAUAUGUGUUCUUUAGGAUUGUGUUUCAGAGACUCGUUGCGAUUCUAUUAUUAUUUUUAGACGCGCGUGUAUAAGCAGUUUUUUUAGAGUCAGAGUUCAUUUGCGCAAAUCAUCGUAUAAUUUCUCUGUUCAAAUGGAAAUGUAUACUUUGAUGCAUUAAUUGAUAGAGAGCAGUAUUUCCUGGGUAAAAUAAUGUAACUGUUUCUGGCAAUGGCAUAACUUUAAACGUAUCUGUAUUUAAGCUGACAAGUUCUUAACGAUGCAACUACUUGAAUAUUAAAUAAUCUUUUGCGCUACUAGUUUUUCAGUUUCAAGUGGUGACCGCUGUUUUAAUAUCAGUAGUGGUAUCGUGACGUCAUAUUAACUCUGUAUCAAUAAUGGUGACUUAACUUAAAAUAAACUUCUUAUCAACAAUGAUGACUUGAUGUCAAACUGUCUCCAUAUCAACAGUGGAACCACUAGCGAUACGGAGUCAAUUUGAUAUCAAGACACCGUUAAUUGAUACGAAGUCAAUUUAGCUGCAAGUCAUCACUAUCGUCACGGACUCAAUUCGCCGUCAAGUCACCGCUAUUACUACGGAGUCAAUUCGACGUAUAUCACCACUACUGUCAUGAGUCAACACUCAAAGAUCAGUGGAAACCUCUGUUUUGUAUACAAAUUGCAUUAAUUAUUACGUUUGAAACCGUACUAUCUCGUUAUUGGAGUUGCAUGCUGUUAGCGGACAUGAAAGUAGGUCACGCUUCAAAAUUUUCUUUUUGUACUUAUAUCUUAUUGAAUAAUUGCUGCCAUUUGUGGAAGUGCUUCAUCGACAAAUUCUAAAAAUUACAUGAAAAAAUUUCUGAAGACGUAUGCGAUGCAUCGACUUAAAUAGCACAGACUUCUUGUAACAAUUUAAGAAACUGACUUCGAUGAAAAAAUUAUUUAUCGUCACACGUGCGCUGAAGAUAGUAUAAUUUCGUUUCAAAAAGUUUUUUAAGAACAUAAUUGACGAUGAUAAUCUCAGGUGUUCUCAUUUAAUGCUAGAGUGUCGAGGGGACAAACCGACUGAACUUUCAAAAAUCAUUUUGAUUAUAAUAUACCUGUAAAUGAAUCAAUGUAUUGAAUCAAUUCUUGCAAAAAUAAUUCUAUAUCUAUAAUAAGUUGUUAAGUUGGAAACCACAUGAAUGAGAUAAAAUCGAAGCAAUUUAUUUGCGAGUAUUAAAAUGAAAGUUGAGAAGCUAAGACUAAAUUCAGACAGCGUAUUUUAUGCACUUGUGAUAAAAAAUACAAAACAGUGAGAAUGCGUAAAAAGAGUUUCAAAGCGUUUCUAAUUUAUUAACAUGAUUAAAAGCUGAAACAAUGUUGUAUGGAACUUCUAUUUGUUGCAAUUUCCAAUCUACCGAUGGUACUGAUUUUUCAAAAUAGAUGACGUAGCGGUGAAUUUGCAAACAAUCGGAGUUUCCUCUCGCAUCUCUAGUGUCAAGUGUCGCAUCUCGUACGCAUAGUAAGAGAAAGAGUACAAAAAGAGAGAUAGACGUGACUCUAUUUUGCUAGAUAACGCGGCAACGUGGAUUCCAGCCGCGAGAUCGCUUCCGAAGGAAAAUUUCGGAUCGAUGUUUCAAUAGAUUUCGUUAUGGAAGAUGUAUCUAUGUAUGUAUUGUAAUUUACAAAAGAGAAAAGGCUGCCGGCGACACCGUGGAACGGUGUGCGCGUUACGGUGACUUCAAAGAAGAUUCCACCGAGGUCGAGAUAUCCACUUCAAUGGCGCUUUCGAGGCUUGAAGAGAGUCGCCUUUGUUGAAUGUUCUUUGUUGAGAAUAGUCGCGACUCACGCGACGUUAUUUACAUUUUUUUAUUAUAACGCGUGACUGGCGUCGGUAAACAAUUCUUUCCGAGAUGAAGACAAAUGAUGAUGAGAGACAAGGUGUCGAGUCAAGCGACUCGCCAUCGCAGAACGACAGAAAUGCAACAAUCUAUUUUAAAAACGAGCUGAUAAAAGAAAGAGGUCUUUAUAUUUCUACGAUGCACUCGACGUGCCUUCCCGCGAUGCGUAUCGCGUUUUUGUUGUUUCGUUUCCGAUCCUUAGUGAGUUUCUCUUCAGCGAGUAGAAUUAAUUGCUGUUCGACACGUGCGUGGAUUUCUAACUUUGAGUAAUCAUGUUUUAAUCAAAUUAUCACUUUUAUCAGUAAUUUUAUGCAAGUCUGGAGCAGGAUGAAAUUGUGCAGUUAACAUUAUUGAUUCUUAUCAAUUUGUACAUUUUCAUGCAUUUUGCAGACUUGCACAUGACAUAAAUGCAGACAAAUAUGUAAUCUAUUAACGAUGUAAUUGUUACGAACAUCCACUAAGUUAAAAGUGCCUGAACACUGUAAGUUAAGUUUGAACUGUUUCAAAAUUGUUGUUUAAGUACAACACGUCAUCAAAAUUGGAAACUUGCGUUCUUCUCUUAAGAUGAAUUUUCUUGAAGUCCGAAAAUCCGAAUUAAAAAUUAAACAGAGUUGAUUUAUUUCUACAAAGAUUUGCUCACAGUUGGAAAUCUAAAUUUGUAUGGAGCCGUGUGUGAUCUGUCGGGUUCGAGUCGACAUAAAUCGUAAUCGAUCCUCGAUGUUCGAUAAGAUUUUAAUUACCGGCGCCGUUUCAGACAAAUCCGUGAAGUGUCCUCCACCAAAUUUCUAAUUAAAUCCGCAUCAUGGUUUGGUCAUUAUGUAGCCGUGGACUUAGCGAGCCUCGACGGCUCUAGCGUUCUGCACUUUCUACGUAUGCGGAAACGUUAUUAUACCUCUAGAUAAUAAUAAUUGUCACUGUGUCAGAUAAUAUAGUGUUGAUAAUCAUGUCAUCGACAUACCAUUGUCCAACCAAACAAAUAAAUAUUCUUUAGAUGGGUCAGAAA